AACAGCCACGGCUUCCACGAGCCCCUCCUCACCAUCCACGAUCCCGGGCGUCCCGCGCACGGGCCUGUCGCGCCUGACGCGCCGAGCACGAACGCGGCGCGUAAGAGUCCGCCCCCUCGCGGUCCCGACGGACCAUGGCCCAUUGCCCGCACCGCGCACAAACAGGCCAAGUACACGCGCGACACGCAAAAGCCCGCGCGGGCACGCUCCGCCCUCAGGUCCGUGGUUUGUCGGCCCUCUCGCCCGCCCGCCCGCUUCAAGUUGCCCUCUCACGCCCGCCUACCUGCCUCUCGUGGCCGCCCGCUGACCUUCUCGCGCCCACACGCCCGCCCGCCGUCUCGCGCCCACACGCCCAUCGUCUCGUGCCCACACGCCUGCCGUCUCGCGCCCACACGCCCAUCGUCUCGUGCCCACACGCCUGCCGUCUCGCGCCCACACGCCCGCUAUUGCCCUCUCGCCCGUCCACCUGCUUAUUCGCCGGUCCACCUACCCGCCUGUUUGUCUGCCCACGCACUCCGAUUCGCACUCCCUCUUGCCCACAACCCCUGUCGCAUGCGCUCUGUCGCCCGUGCACCCGCUCGGCCGGCUGGCUACCCACUCGCCCGUGCGAUCGACCACGCGAUCGCCCACUGGUCCAUGCGCCCACUUGCCCGCCCAUCUACUUACCCGUGGACCCAUGCAAGUCCUCGCUCAUCGACAAGAUCAAGAAGGCCUCGCGCGAGUUCGUCGUGCUCUUCCUGCAGGUGCUCGUCGACGGUCGGCUUACGGACCCGGGCCAAAGCCGCGUGGUCGACUUUCGCAAUACCAUCAUCAUCAUGACGAUAGACCUCUGCGCGACGUUCCUCCACGGCAUGGGCGACAGCCCCGCCAGACCCGAGACGCGCGAACUGGCCCUGGGUGCAAUCCGCGUGCAUUCCCCCUGCCCCCCGAGUUCAUCAACCGGAUCGACGGCAUCAUCUUCCGCAGCUCUCUCAGAAGAUUGUCCUCAAGAUUGUCGACCUCCGGCUUCAGGAGGUGCAGGACGGCCUCGUGGAGGGCAAGAUGGCCGUCGACCUCGACCCCGCCGCGAAGCAGGACCUCGUCUCGAUCGGGUAUCCACCCGUGUACGCUCACACCCACUGACCCGCGUGAUUCAGAGUGAGGUCCUUGACCCGCUUUCCAUGGUCAUCCUUGGGGACCGCGUGCACGAAGGUGAAACGGUCGAGGCACCCUUCGACGGCCCGCAGAACCGCCUCCAGAUCGUGCCCACCCACAAGGCGAGCGCGGAUAACACGGACGUCGACUACGACGACAUUGAAUAUAUCGAGAUGAGGGACAUGAACGUGUACACAUCCUGAGUACGCUCAAGUUUGCACUCCCCUGGCGGUCAUCCUCGCCGAUUGGGCGGUGCACCACCGUCGAGCCACGCGUGUACGGGCCGUGCCAUGUACUACGACUCUGCAUGCGCUGCGAAUUGAGCAGUCGAGCAGUCGACGUCGAGCAGGCUCGCGCCACAGCAGUAUCUGUGCACCUUGUCAGUUAAGGUGCACACACACACAAGGGUGAAUAGAUCCUACUUUCGGUGUGCCUUCAGUCGACUGCCAAUGCAUCUGGAUGGUGGAUCCAUGAAGGGGCAUAUCGAA